GUUUAUGGCGACUGGAGAAUCUUUUCGGUCCCUAGCUUUUGCUUUUCGCAUCUCCCAAAGUUAUAUUACGMGUAUUGUGAGACUAGUAUUGAAAAGUUUGAGCAAUCGAUUGACACCCAUAUUAUUACCACCACCAACCAAAAAUGACAUGGUAGAAAUAUCGAAAGAGUUUUGGGAAAAAUGGAAUUUUCCGAAUUGUGCAGGUGCCAUUGAUGGCAAACAUAUUCGUAUUUUUUCACCAAAGAAUAGCGGAUCGUUGUUUUUCAACUAUAAAGAUUUUUUUUCAAUUGUUUUGUUAGCGAUUGUAGAUGCUAACUGUAAGUUUAUUUAUGUAGACAUCGGAUCUUAUGGCAAAGAGGGUGAUAGCGGUAUAUUUACAAAAUCAAAAAUCUCAGAAAAAAUGAAAAAUGGUGAUUAUUUUCCUCCUAAUGCUAAAGUUCCAAAUUCAGACAAAAUAUUGCCAUAUGUUUUCAUUGGCGAUGAAGCUUUUCGUUUAGACCCUCAUAUGAUGCGACCAUACUCGAAAAUUGAAUCCAGAAAUGAUAGUGAGAAAAAAGUUUUUAAUUAUCGUCUUUCACGGGCUAGAAGAACUACUGAAAAUAGUUUUGGACUUCUGAGUCAGGUGUUUAGAGUUUUUUACACCCCUAUUCCACUAAAAACACAAACUGUUGAUCACCUUGUGUUAUCUGCGUGCUGCCUACAUAAUCUUUUACGUAACCAAUAUAAAAUAAAGAAUACAACAGAAYGAUACUAUACAUAUAAUUAUGAUCCAAAUGAUUCUCCUCCGAACAAUAUGAUUCAACUUGAGCGUACGGGAGGUUAUGGUAAUUAUGAAGGCUUUAUG